GCGGCCGCUGCUGGAGGCGGCGGUGGGCUCGGCGCACAUAAAACCGCGCCGCUCUGCUCGGCGAAGCCUUCGCUGCUGCUCGGCCACGGCGCUCACCUUGCGCGGCAGCUUGGCCAUGGCUCAGAGCCUCCCCCCUGUGAGCUGGUCCUGAGGAGCAGCCGAGCUGCCGCGCUUCGGACGGACCGAGCUGGCCUUGACUUCGCGGCUUUGUACUGCAGGCUCCUUCCUUCCAGCUGCCGCUCCUUCCCGCUGCGCCCGCGGAAGCUCUGCUCGGGCUGAAGACGCUUCCCCGCCCGUGUGUGCAUAAAGCUCGACCUUCCCUUCCCUCGCCGCACCGCGAUUGCACCUUCCCCGCCUCCUCCCCUCGGGCCGGGCGGGCUCGCACCCCUUCUCGGCCGCUGUCCCCGCCAGCAGCCCGCCGAGGAUGCGGCCGUCGCUGCUGAGCCCCUUGCUCCUGCUCUCUCUCAGCUGCAGCCCGGGCGCCGCGGACCUCCUGGCUGCCCGAGCCAAGUGCCCGACCCGCUGCGAUGUCUCCAAGUGCCCCAGCCCCAGCUGCCCCAGCGGCUACGUCCCCGACCGCUGCAACUGCUGCCUCAUCUGCGCGGCGGGCGAGGGGGACUCCUGCGGCCGCAAAGAGGACCCGCCGUGCGGGGACAGCCUCGACUGCCGCUACCCCAUGGGCAAGCGUUUCGCCAAGGGGGUCUGCCAGUGCAAGCUCAGCGCCCAGGUGUGCGGCAGCGACGGCCGGACCUACGACAACAUCUGCCAGCUGAAGGCGGUGAGCCGCAAGGCGCUGCAGCACGGCCUGCCCGCCGUCGCCCAGGUCCAGAAAGGAGCCUGUGAAUCGGGUCACCUACAGUCCAGCAGCCCAAGAUACAAGUUCAACUUCAUAGCAGAUGUGGUGGAGAAGAUCGCACCUGCAGUUGUGCACAUUGAACUUUUCCUCAGGCACCCUCUCUUUGGCCGAAAUGUCCCCCUCUCCAGUGGAUCUGGCUUCAUUAUGUCUGAUUCUGGUUUAAUUGUGACCAAUGCCCACGUGGUGUCAAGCACCAAUGCUAUAUCAGGGAGACAACAACUGAAAGUGCAGCUACAGAAUGGAGACACCUAUGAAGCAACCAUCAGAGACAUUGACAAGAAAUCUGACAUUGCCACGAUAAAGAUUCACCCUAAGAAAAAGCUGCCGGUGUUGUUCCUGGGACACUCUGCUGAUCUGAGGCCAGGAGAAUUUGUGGUGGCAAUUGGAAGCCCAUUUGCCUUGCAGAACACUGUGACAACAGGGAUUGUCAGCACUGCUCAGCGGGACGGCAAAGAGCUGGGCCUGCGGGACUCGGACAUGGACUACGUCCAGACGGACGCAAUUAUCAAUUAUGGCAACUCUGGAGGACCUCUAGUUAAUCUGGAUGGAGAAGUGAUUGGGAUUAACACCUUGAAGGUCACAGCUGGAAUUUCCUUUGCUAUCCCUUCAGACCGCAUCACUCAGUUCCUCACGGAGUCUCUUGACAAACAAAGUAAAGAUGGGAAGAAACGUUUCAUUGGCAUCAGGAUGCUGACCAUAACACCUGCCUUGGUGGAAGAAUUGAAACACAGCAAUGCUGAUUUUCCUGAUGUUAGAAGUGGCAUUUACGUGCAUGAGGUUGUUCCAAACUCACCUUCCCAUCGGGGAGGGAUCCAAGACGGAGACAUCAUUGUUAAAGUCAACGGGCGGCCUUUGGUGACUUCCAGCGACCUGCAGGAGGCUGUGAUGAAUGAGUCACCUCUACUACUUGAAGUUCGAAGGGGAAAUGAUGACUUACUAUUUAAUAUUGAGCCUGAAGUUGUCAUGUAAAUAGGAGUGAGGAAGCUCUCACCAUAAUUAAACUCACUUACCCUGGAACACUAGAUACCUCCUUUACAGCUGCAGUCCUUUCCCUUCCCUUCCUCUUGACUAAUGACAAGGUGGACUAACUUAACCCCCUGAGCCCUUUCUGUACAUAGUAGCUGGGAUGGGUUCAGUUGUGCUCUUUGUAGAAGAUUUCACCUGUCAAAGAACUGCAUUCUGGGGAGGGGGAGAAGGAAAACAAAUUUUGGGUAGCUGGUUCAAAAUGGGGUCCACUUCCUGCAGGUUCAGAGCAGAUCCAGUUCUGCAUUUUGAAGUGGGAAGCACGCCAAGAGGAGAAAUGGUUCUUAAACUCCAAGAACCAAGCUCUUACAAUGCACAGCUGAGCUAUUUUUUUUUGGGGGGGGGAGGGAUUGUUGCUGUCUGUUUGUUUUAUAUAACACUUUUCAAUGUGAAAUUGCUGUUGGCAAAGCUUAAUGUCUGUUCUUGGUGCUUCUGUGCUGCUGGCAGGUGAAAUCUGUACAUAUGAGAAGGAAGAAAAAUGGGCUCAGGCUACAGAGUGUUACACCUAAGUCAUGCGAGUUUGGAAUAUAGUAAAUGAUUCUUAUAGAAUUACUGCCUUGUUCUGUAAAUCAAAAAGGAUGUGCUGAACAAAGUCAAGUUUGAGAAAGUGCACAGAUGUUUGGAUUUUUGUUCUAAAGAAUUUGGUACAAGUCAGUUUUGCAUUUUACUGGUAAGCUUUGCUGUAAAACUGUUACACUACUUCGGGCUCGGACUCUGUACGUUUCUACUGUCAGGAGAUUAAAGUUUACACAAAUGA